UCAGAUCCCUUCGAUAACAAAUUGAACAUACAAAUCAUUUUUUAUUUUACAAAUUAGAACAAAAAAGACUUAAGCGUCCUGGUUGGGCGAUUCAUAUAAGUUAAUGGAUCUAGUGUCGCACCAGUUGUUUCGCAAGAAGACUUUGCAGCAGCGCAAUUGAAAAUGCCUCCUGGCAGAAGAAGGCUUCCCCGUAGAUUGCUGACUCUUUCAGAAAAAAAUGAAGUGAUCCAGGUGCAGGAGAGGGAGAAACUGUCCGUUCGGGAUCUAGGCAGGAGAUUUAAUAUAGGAAAAACCCAAGCAGCUGAAAUUUUGAAAAACAAAGGGAAAAUAGACGCUGGAUUGAAAUCAGGAGUAAAUGCCCAUAUAAAGAGGAACUGUCUGAACGACCAAAUCCCCCACAUUGAUGAGUUGUGCUACAGCUGGUUUACCAGGGCCAGAAGCGAGAACAUUCGCUUGUCGGAACAACUGGUAAGGACAAAGGCAAAGGAAAUAGCCAAGCAUCUGGGACACAAAAGCUUCUCGGCCUCAGUCAGUUGGCUGCAGAAGUGGCGCAGGCGACACAACAUAACCUUCAACGCAACCUGCGAAACACUAGACGUUAAGCCAUUUGAGUGCGUCCUAGUAAAAAACGAGCCCAUAAUAAAUGAGGAGGAGCUGAAUCCCGUGAUGGGCAAUGCGUAUGUUGGAGACGGAAGUGAUUUCAUGCACAAUCCAAUAGUAUCCUUUGAAGAGGCUAUGACACAGCUUGCUCGCUUGAAAGAGUUUGCCAAAGACGAUUAUAUUUCAUUUCAACAGCUAAGAAGCUUGGAGAACCAGUGGAAUUAUAAGAGAAACAACAUGAAAAUGGAGGACCUUUCUUAACCCAAAAGCAACUGAUUUCUGUUACCAUAAGUAUUCAUGAAUCAAUCUCUAAUUUAGCUUAAUCUUCAAUUUAAUUUACUCUUUUUAUUUUACCGAACUGACUCGAAAGUUAUUAUGUUAAAUAUGUAAGUAAAUACACGUAAACUUGAUU